GUAAGCAUCGUACAAAGAACUGGCUAUAGAAAUCGUAUAUUACGCGUUAAUACUAUUGGUUUCUUUUCUAAUAAGUGUUACACGAUUUAUCUUUUCCACUUACAUACAUAGGCAUAAAGUGCCACCACCUUUUUCUUAUUUUCUGAUUUUUAUCUAUAGUCGAUUAUAAUUACAGCUUGAUGUUGUAUGUUUUCUCUAUCAUUAGCAGGUUUACUUCAUGGUGUUACCGCCCCCUUCCACCCAUGUCGGGAUAUGUCACAUUUGCUCUUAAAGACUAUUUAACACUGCCAACAACAAGCGAUAAGCCGAACGGAGACAGGUUAUUUCUUUCUGAAGAAUGGAAAAUAUUGAACAAGCAGUUAGAGCCAACCAAGUAAAAGAUCAAGUUGGUGAAAGAUGUCAAAAAUUAUUUCAAGAUUUUCUUGAUGAGUUUCAAAUAGAUGGGGAGAGUAAAUACUUGUCAGCUGUCCAAGACUUAAUAAGACCAGAAAGAAACACGCUGACUGUCAGCUUUGAAGAUGUAGAAUCUUAUAAUCAACAGCUAGCAACAACUAUUUUAGAAGAAUAUUAUAGAGUAUACCCGUUUUUAUGUCGAGCUGUGCGCAAUUAUGCAAAAGAUUGGGGCCAAAUUCCAACAGGGAAAGAAUUUUAUUUAAGCUUGACAGAUGUACCAACAAGAUUAAAGGUUAGAGAGUUAACAACUGUUAAAAUUGGAUCCUUGCUUCGUAUAACUGGUCAAGUAGUCCGUACACACCCUGUUCAUCCCGAGCUUGUCAGUGGAACUUUCAUGUGUUUGGAUUGUCGUACAAUUAUAAAAGAUGUUGAACAACAGUUUAAGUAUACUCAGCCUUCCAUUUGUCCAAAUCCAGUUUGUGCUAACAGAUCAAGGUUUUUGUUAGAUGUUAACAAGUCCAGAUUUGUUGAUUUCCAAAAGGUUAGAAUACAGGAGACACAGGCAGAGUUACCACGGGGUAGCAUUCCCAGAAGCGUGGAAGUUAUUUUGCGAGCAGAGGCUGUUGAAAUGGCUCAAGCAGGAGAUAGAUGUGAUUUCACAGGGACACUUAUAGUUGUCCCUGAUGUUGGUUCAAUGUCACUACCAGGAGUUAGAGCUGAAACUUCUGCUAAAGUUAAUCAAGGUACUGAAGGCUACGAAACUGAAGGUGUGAGAGGCUUGAAAACUUUGGGUGUCAGGGAUUUAACUUAUCGUCUUGCAUUUUUGGCAUGUACUGUUAUGCCCAGCAGCUCCAGGUUUGGUGGUCAGACAUUUCGUGAGGAGGAUUUGACAGCAGAGGCCUUAAAAAAGCAAAUGAGUGAUGAUGAAUGGCAGACUGUAUAUGAUAUGAGCCAAGAUAAAAAUUUGUAUCAAAAUUUUUGUUCUAGCCUUUUCCCUACAAUUCAUGGCAAUGAUGAAAUCAAACGAGGGAUUUUAUUAAUGAUGUUUGGUGGAGUACCAAAGGUAACAUUAGAAAAAACACAUCUUCGAGGAGAUAUAAACAUUUGUAUUGUUGGUGAUCCAAGCACAGCCAAGUCACAGUUCUUAAAACAGGUUGAAGAGUUCAGUCCAAGGGCGGUUUACACCAGUGGAAAAGCAAGCAGUGCAGCUGGACUUACUGCUGCAGUUGUUAGAGAUGAAGAGUCUCAUGAGUUUGUUAUUGAAGCUGGUGCACUUAUGUUGGCUGAUAAUGGGGUUUGUUGUAUUGAUGAGUUUGAUAAAAUGGAUCCACAUGACCAAGUUGCAAUUCAUGAAGCCAUGGAGCAGCAAACUAUCUCAAUUACAAAAGCUGGAGUUAGGGCAACUCUGAAUGCAAGAACUUCAAUUUUAGCUGCAGCAAAUCCAUUAGGCGGACGUUAUGACAGAACUAAAUCAUUGAAACAUAACAUUAACAUGUCUGCCCCUAUAAUGUCGAGAUUUGAUUUGUUCUUCAUUUUGGUAGAUGAAUGUAAUGAGGUAACUGAUUAUGCCAUCGCUCGUCGAAUUGUUGAUUUGCACAGUCGAUCUGAAGAAUCCAUCACCAGAGUUUACUCAGUUGAGGAUAUGCGUCGAUACAUUAUGUUUGCUCGUCAGUUUAAACCUAAGAUCAGCCCAGAGUCACGAGAUUAUAUGGUCGAAGAAUACAAGCGCUUACGUCAAAGGGACAGCACAGGGACAGGUUCGUCGUCAUGGAGAAUUACAGUUAGACAAUUGGAAAGCAUGAUUCGCCUUUCUGAAGCAAUGGCUAGGAUGCACUGUCAAGAUGAGGUUCAACCUAGACAUGUCAAAGAAGCAUUUCGUCUUCUAAAUAAGUCUAUUAUUCGUGUUGAACAACCAGAUAUUCAUUUAGAAGAUGACUUACAAAUGGCACAAGAAGAAAUUACAGUUGAUGAGAAUACAGUACCCACAGAAAAAUCUCAAGAGAUUAUUUCAAAGUUGCCAGAUGACGCCAGCAUUGAAAGUGUUGCUGUACCUCCCCCUGCUGCUCACUCUAAAGCAACCAUGCGAUUGACAUAUGAGGAUUACAAACACAUGGCUAAUUUACUGGUCCUACAUAUGAGAAAGAAUGAGGAAGAAUCAGGUGAAGAUGAAACUGGUCUUAGAAAAAGUGAUGUCAUCAGUUGGUAUUUAACUGAGAUUCAAGAUGAAAUUCAGUCAGAGGAUGAAUUGAUAGAAAAACGAAUUUUGGUUGAAAAAGUAAUUGAUCGUCUUGUUCAUCAUGAUCAUGUGCUGAUCCAAUUAACACAGACAGGCCUUAAACCUCGGACUGGACAGGAGAGUGAAUUGGUGAAAGAAGAUGAUCCUAUACUUGUUGUCCACCCAAAUUACAUUAUUGACAGUUAAAUCAUGUCAUGCUAUUAAAUUUUGUACAUACUGAAAA